AUGUUUCAAAGGUCUAGAGCUGCUCAUCAUAUCAAAUUGAUUUCACCUCGAAGAUGCCGCUUUAAAUCCUCCUUUGCAGUUGCUUUAAAUGCUGCCAGUAAGCUGGUAACUCCUAAGAUUCUUUGGAAUAACCCCAUAUCAUUAGUCUCGAAGGAAAUGAAUACAUUGGCGAAGAACAUAGUCGCUCUGAUUGGUUCUGGUCAUCCGCUGCUCAACAAAGUUACUAGUUACUAUUUUGAAACAGAGGGCAAAAAAGUACGUCCUUUGUUGGUGUUGUUGUUGUCAAGAGCACUUUCUGAAAUUCCUUUGACAGAAAGAAAUCAUUUGAAGAUUGAUAACUCAGAUGUUCCUGAGGACCCAAUUUACUCUAAGCCUAGUCAAAAUCAACUAUUUCAGCGCCCUGCAAAUAGCAUUUCCCCGCUACAUAUUCUUCACGGUAUUAAACCACUAAAUCCUUUGACAAAGGGUCCGGAGCCUUUGCCAGAGGAAACCUUUGACAAAAAAAGGGGUAUUCUACCCAAGCAGAGAAGAUUAGCAGAGAUUGUUGAAAUGAUACACACUGCAUCUUUACUUCAUGAUGAUGUUAUUGAUCAUUCUGAUACAAGAAGAGGAAGGCCAAGCGGAAAUGCUGCCUUCACUAAUAAGAUGGCUGUUUUGGCCGGCGACUUUCUCUUAGGAAGAGCAACGGUAUCAAUUUCAAGACUACACAACCCUGAAGUAGUGGAACUAAUGUCUAAUAGUAUUGCGAAUCUUGUCGAAGGUGAGUUCAUGCAAUUGAAAAACACUUCCACUGAUGCGGACAUCGAUACUAUUGAAAAUGGCCACAAACUACUUCCGAUACCUUCUAAAAAGCUGGAAGUUAAAGAGCAUGAGUAUCGUGUUCCAAGUCGCCAACAAGGACUGCAAUUAUCUCAUGACCAGAUUAUAGAAACGGCAUUUGAAUAUUACAUACACAAGACGUACCUAAAGACAGCUGCUUUGAUAUCGAAAUCUUGCAGGUGUGCUGCUAUAUUAUCCGGGGCAUCACCAGCCGUUAUUGACGAAUGCUAUGACUUCGGUAGAAAUCUCGGCAUAUGUUUCCAACUUGUAGAUGAUAUGCUUGAUUUUACUAUAUCCGAAAAGGAUUUAGGAAAGCCAUCAGGCGCAGAUCUAAAAUUAGGUAUUGCAACAGCCCCAGUUUUAUUUGCAUGGAAAGAAGAUCCAUCUUUGGGUCCGCUUAUUUCUCGCAAUUUUUCAGAAAGAGGAGAUGUUGAGAAAACCAUUGCUUCCGUAAGACUACAUAAUGGUAUAGCGAAGACGAAAGUACUAGCGGAGGAGUAUAGGGACAAAGCACUACAGAAUCUACGGGAAUCUCUCCCUGAUUCCGAUGCCCGUUCUGCCCUAGAGUUCUUAACUAAUAGUAUACUAACGAGAAGAAAGUAA